GUGUCGAUGGACACUCCGAAUGUUGUCGGAGAGUCGAAGAAAUCGGGUUCGGGCUUGAGGUAUUGGAUUUCGAUCGAUUCAUCGGGCCAAGAAAGUAUUUUCGACGCGGAUAAGUACGCCAUCAUGCAACGUGUACAAAUCCACGCUCGCGAUCUUCGUAUUCUCGACCCUCUCUUGUCCUAUCCCUCGACAAUCCUUGGCUGCGAAAGAGCCAUCGUUCUCAAUUUAGAGCAUAUCAAGGCGAUCAUCACAUCGGACGAGUUAUUGAUUCAUGAUCCAUCGGACGAUAACAUUGUUCCCAUUUUGGAGAAUCUUCGAAGAAAGCGAAAUAAGUGUGAUUUUGAAAAUGGCGCAGAAGAUGAUUCGCCAUUUGAGUUCCGAGCACUCGAGGUAGCACUGGAAGCCAUUUGUAGCUAUCUUUCUGCGCGCGCAUUAGAAUUGGAGUCUACUGUUUAUCCGGCUGUACAUAUGUUUACGUCAAAAAUUUGCGGCCGUAAUUUGGACCGUGUACGGAAGUUGAAGACUCGGUUGACUAGACUAACGGCUCGGGUACAAAAGGUUAGAGAUGAACUCGAACAACUAUUGGGCGACGACGAUGACAUGUUGAACUUUUAUUUAUCGAGAAAAUUAGCUCGCCGUCGCGGGGAUGAGAAUGAUGUCGAGGAACUUGAAAUGAUACUCGAGGCCUACUUUACGCAAAUUGACGGCACGUUCGAUAGAUUAACGACGCUUCAUAAUUACAUUGACAACACUGAAGAUUAUAUAAAUAUCCAGCUCGAUAACCGUCGAAAUAGGCUAAUUCAGGUCGAGCUAUUUCUCAGCACCGGAACUAUGUGCCUCGACUUAUAUUCUUUAGUAACGGCUAUUUUCGGUAUGAGCAUUCCGUACCCAUGGAACGACGGCCACGGAUACGUUUUCAAGUGGGUCGUUCUAUUGGCCGGCGUUAUGUGUUUAAUCGUGUUCGCAUUCAUUGUAGGGUACGCUAAAUUCAAACGGCUUGUCCGAUUUUGA